AUGAAAUUUAAAUUUUCUUAAUGUAAAUUCAUUGAACAAUUUAUUAAUAUUUACACAAUAAUAUAAAGUCUUAUUUUAAUCAUGUAAUGUAGGUAAAAAGCAUAAACUUAACAAGCAAGCAAUUAGGAUUAAACCAAAAAAUGAUGAAGAGUCUGAUUAAUUUUUUGGAUUAAUUAAUGAGGCCAUUUCACAAAAGCGACCUAGAUCGAAUAGUAGAUAACAUAAACCUAAGAAGCUUUCGAAGAUGUACUAUUUAAUUAAAUACAAAAGGGAAUAAAAGAGUUAACAUAAUUAUAUUACAUCUUUAAAAGAAAUAUAAUUGACUUAAAAUCAUAAUGAAAGUUAUUGUGAAGGAAUAGAUGAAGAGAUAAACAUUAAUAGAUCAGUUCUUAAUUUCGAAGUAAAGAUUAAAAAUAAAUAUAGCUUAUUGAUGCUAUAGAAUUUGAAAAUAGAAUUGGUAGAAAAUAAGAACAAUAUAAAGUAUAUAGAUCUUUUGAAGGCAUGAUAAAUGAAGAAUAAAACAAUACUAUUUAUCAUAAGUAUAACUAAAAAAGCUAAGAAAACAUUAGAGAUAAUUAAACUGAAUAUUUAAAGUCAUAAGGCUAAUAAGAAAUUUUGAAUGAUUAUAAUGUUAGAUCAAAAAGGAAUGUCCAUUAAGAUAAUUACAAUUUAAUAUUGAUAAAUUCUUAAGGAAUAGAAGCUAUUUUGAAUAAUUUCCAAAAUUAUUUUGAUUCUUAUCCUCUUUUGAAAUUAAGAAAAUACAUAGUUCUUUUGUUAGAGAUUUUAUCAUAGAUUUGUGAAAUCAUAAUAUUAAGUAGAGUGUAUAGAUAUGUAAUGCUUAUUCUAAUUACAAUUAACAUAAUAUUAUUAAUAACAAAGUAUUAUAGUAAUUUUUAUGAGGAAUAUUAAUAAUUUUUUGAUACAUAAUAAGAAGGUAUAAUUUAAUAAUAAUUUAGUGUUUUUUAUAAUAUAUGUUUUAGAAAUAUGUAUAAGAGUUGCAGGACACAAUAUAGUUAACUUUUUAUGUAAAUUUUGGAAUAUUUUUGAUUUGUUAAAUGUAGUGAUUUUGGGUUUAGUAACAUAUGGACUUAUUUCAUUUGAUUUUUCACCUUUAAGAGCAAUAAGAGUAUUGAUAUUCUUAAGUUAAUUAUCUUCAUAAUUAUAAUUAACUUUUAAAGCACUUAUUUAAUCAUUAAGAUAUAUGUUAGAAGCAUUAUUAAUUGUAUUAAUAUUUUGUGUACUUUUUGCUAAUGUUGGUCUACAUUAAUUUGCAACUGCCUUUUACAAUAGAUGUGUUUAUUUAGAAGACGGAUUUAUAUUAACUGAUUAAUAUUGUGGAUGGCUUGAUUGUCCAAAAUAUUCAACAUGUAUAAAUAUUCCAAUAAUAUUUGCACAAGAUCAAAUAACUAAUUUUAAUAAUUUCAUUAAUUCUUUUAUUUCUAUAAUAAGGAUAAUUACAAUGGAUAAUUGGACUGAUUUGAUGUAUCCUACUCUUUAUACUUUAAGUCCAUUGACAUGGAUUUAUUUUGUAUUUGUAAUAUUUAUAGUUGGAUUUUUUGCAUUUAAUUUAAUUAUAGCAAUAUUAAAGACAUAUUAUUCUCAUAUAGUAGCUAACUAUUCAUAAGAUUAAGAUGAUGUUAGAAAAGAAUAAAAUGAUAAAAUUGAAAUUAAUUUGAGAUUUAUUAAAGAUUUAGGUUUUUAUUAAAAAUUAAAAGUACUAUAAAAAGCUAAAUUACAUACAUAAUAAUAAUAAUAAUUAGAUUGUUCUUAAUCUUAGAUUAUAAACAAUUAUACAAUAAAAUAACCCUUUUUAGAUUAAUAAAUGGGUAAUUAAUCAAUAAUGAGUCCUUAAAUAUCAGCUAGAAUAGUAGCUAAGAGUACUGCAAAGAAAAUAUAAAGAUUUACUAAGAAUUAAAUUGAAAAGACAUAAAAAAAAAAGUAAUAUGCUCAUGUUCUUUCAGCUAGACAAAAAAGAGAAAUGGAAGAAUUAAAUAAUUAAUAAAAGAGUAAUUUUAUAGGUAAAAUUAAAUCAUCUUGUAAAUUGAGAUAUAUAAUAUUACCUAAAAGAUCUUUGAUUUUAGAAUAGACAUUUUAAUUUUAAAAUUCAAAUGAAGAAGAAAUGGAAAUUCUACAUUAAUUAUAAACACAUGAUGUUUUAGGAUGGAAAGUAUCAGUUGUAUUUAAAGAUUAUGUUUCUAAUUCUUAAAGUGAAGUUUUAGGAUAAAAAUAAGAAUAUUUAUUAAAAGAAAAAAAAUUAUUAACAGAAUUAUAAAAAAUUAGAUCCAAAAAAAUUAAUUAAUUUUAUUUUGAUGAUGAAAUUCUUAAAUAAUAUUAAAAUACUUGCAAUAAGAUGAUUAGAAAUAGUAUCUUACCUAUUAAUAAAACUAGAAGAAAAAUCAAAUUAUCAACUUAAACAUUUGAAGAAUUAAGGAAUGAUGAAAUAUAAAUUAUAUCUCCAAAGAGACAAUCUUCUAAAUCAUCUAGUGUUGAAAGGAAAUUUAGAAUUCCAAGAAAAACUAUGCAUACAAUAAAAUAAUAGAAGAGUGAUUUUUUUUUUGAAUUUCCAGAAUAUUAGGAAGGUGAACCAUUUAUUUAUUUAAAUGGUGUCAAAAGAAAUUAUGAAUCUGUAUCUAUUCUAAUCAAUAGAACCUUAGAAAAUGAUCAAUUGAUUAUAGAUACAGAUGAUUUGAAUACUUUAUUUUUUUAAUAUUUGAAAUAUCGUGUAAUAAUUAAGUAAUUAUUUAUUAGAGAUUGGAAAUUAAGAAUAAUGCAAUAUGUAAACAAAAUAUUUCAUUUCUUGAUGUUAUUAAGAAUAAAAAAUUAAAUCUUUUAUCUAUUUUUAAAUCAUUAAAUUCUAAAGAAAUUCAUAUUUGGAUGAUAGGUUUUACUGGAUUAUGGAAAUCUAUAUAAUUAAAAAUAAAAAUGUAAUUAAAUAAUACUUUCAUUAAUUUAAUUUUUGAUUUUUCAAAUUUAUUAAGUUUUUGUGUUUUAUGUUCAAUUGGAUAUUUAGAUGAAUAACUUAUAGAAUAAAUUAAUUUUUAUAUGACAAUUUAAUUAAUAAUAUAGAUUUCUUUGAAAUUAAUAAGUUAAGGCAUAAGUAAAAUAAUAAAAAUUUAUUUAAGUGCUUUUUGGAUAUGAAAGUGAGAACAUCUUAGACUCUCUAAUCAUAAUAACAUAAAUUAUUUAUAAUAUAAUUACAAUUAUUGAUAUUCCAUUUAAAGAGAAUUAUGGUAGUGAAAUAAAGGCCCUUAGAGCAACUAAUGCUAUAUUAUUAUAUAGAAUUAUUAAAUAUAAUUAAUUUGUAACUAGAAUUAUGAGAAUAGCAAAAAUUACAUUUAAAAAGUAAUAAUAAUAAUUAAAAUUUAUAGAUAUUUAAGUUUAAUGUUUUUAAUGUUAUCAAUCAUUUUAAUAUUUUCUAUUUUGGGAAUGCAAUUCUUUAUUGAAAAUUUCUAAGAAAAUUAAAGUUUAUCAUAAUUACAUUCUUUUAAGAGUUUUGCAAAGUCUUGGAUGACUAUAUUUAAAAUUAGUACAAAUGAUGAUGCAAUUGGUAUGUUAAAAGUUGUUAUCAAAUUUUAAAAACCUUGGAUAGGUAUCUUAUUCUAUUUUAUAACUGUAUUUACAAUAAAUUAUUUAAUUUAUGGUCUUGUUAUGGCAGUAUUAUUGGAUGCUUUUUCUUCAGAAUUAGAAAUGGUAGUUGAAAAUUAAUAAGAUUAAUCAUUAAUUUUAGCAAGGAAAGUAGGUAUAUAUGAGAAUAUUUAAUUUGAUUGUCAGAAAGACAAUUUUACACAAAGUGAAGAAGAAAUGUAUUUUAUAUAUAUUACUUUUUAGAGUAUAAGAAUAAAGUACUUAACCAACAAAAUCUCAUUCAUCUAAACAUCAUGCAAAAAUAAAUAUUAGAGAUUUACCAGAAACUUCUAAAAAACUAUUUAUGAAAAAGAGAAAAAGAUAAUGUAAAUAAAUAUUAUAAAAUAUUUUUAGAAUUCAUUUAUUAUGAAGAUACUAAAUGUGCAGACUCUUGUUUUAUUUUUUCAUAUAAUAAUAGGUUUAGAAAGAUAUGUUAUAGAAUUUCUAAAAGUAUACCAUUUAAAAUCUUAAAUGAUGUUACAAUCAUUAUAUCUGUAGUAUUUUAAAUAAUAUCUCAUUUUGAAUUAUCAAACAAUCAAAAAUUAUUUGAUUCAAAUUUAAAUGGUUAUUUCAAGAUUAACUUAUUUUUGUAAAACAUUGUUAUUUUAUCCAUAUUUAUAAUUGAAAUCAUUGCAAAAGGAUUUAUACUAGAUGAAGGAACUAUCCUAAGAGAUUUUUGGAAAUUGGUUAAUAUGACAUAUACUACUGCAUAUUUCUUAAGUUUUAUAAGUACUGCUCCUAUUUUUAAAUUAGCACAUCAAUUAAGUAUAAUAUAUAUUAAUAACUUAGUUUUUUGUAGACCAUUAAUGAUGGUUAAUAUGUUUAAUAGUGUUUAAGGUGUAAAAAAUGCUAUGGUUAAAAGUCUAAUUUAGAUUAUCAAUAUAGUAGCUGUUAUUUUAUUAGUUUUUAUGGUUUUUAAUGUUUUUGCUAUGCAUUUAUAUUAAUAAAAAAUGGGUUAUUGUGAAGAUUUAAUGAAUUUUCAUAUCAGUUAUUCAGAAUGCCAAAAAUAAAAUAAACAAUGGAUUAAUCAUCCUUAUAAUUUUGAUAAUUUUGUAAAUGGAUUAUUUACAUUAACUAUGAUAUCUUCAUUAGAUGCAUGGGGAGAAAUCAUGUAAGUAUGUUAUAAUGCCAGUAAUUCAAAUAAAGGUCCUUCUCCUUUUAAAAUCUAAUGGGCAACUUAUUUAUUAUUUGUAACUUUUAUUUUUAUUGGGGCAAUGUUUUUUAUGGGUUUUUUGACUGGUGUUUUAUUUACAGAAUUUUAAAAGUUUACAAAAAAGAUAGAAAAUAAAAAUUUAACUUAGGAUUAAUCUCAAUUUAUAUAAAUAUGUUCAAUUGUUCUGAAUUAGAAACCUGGCUAUUCUCAUGCUCCUCAUUCCUAAAUUAGAAAAUUAGCAUAUAAGUUAGCCUUUAGUAAAUAGUAAUAAAAUUAUAUUAUAAUUUUAGUUAUAAAUAUUAUUAUAAUUGUAUUUUAGUUACAAAUAGUAUUGUAUUAUGUUUUUUAUUUGAUAUUAAUUCAUAAUAUACUAGAAAUUUAGCUAAUUAAUUAUAUUAAUUACAUGCUAUUAUAUUUACCUUUGAUUGUAUAAUAAAGAUUAUGGCAUAUGGAGUAACUAGAUAUUUGGCAUCUAGAUGGAGAUUGUUUGAAUUAAUUAUUACAGUUGUAUCAAUUGCAGAUUUCUUUUAUGAUGUAAAAAAAAGAUGGUUUCAUCUAUUUACAAAUGGGUCUUAAGAUGAAACUAUAAUAUAUUUUGCCAGAGUGUUCUUGAUAUGUAGAGAUAUAAAGAUUUUAUUAAUAUUCUAAGAAUUUAAAGGACUUCAAAGAUUAAUGCGAGUCUUGUUCUUUUCAUCUUCCUUACUUCUUAAAAUACUUUACAUAUAAUUAACUAUAUAAGCUACUUAUGCUUUAGUAGGAACUCGUCUAUUUGGGCAUAUUACAAAAGUAAAUUGAUAUAUAUAUAUAUUUUUUUAGGGUAGAGCCAUUGAUGAGUAUUAUCUAAAUUUUAGGAAUUUUAUUAAUGCUGCUUUAGUCUUAUUUAAAUGUACAACAGGAGAUGAUUGGAGAGCUUUAAUAAUUGAUUGUAGUGGUUCUAAUAUGUAUUGUCUUGAAGAUAUUUAACAAUGCGGUUCUGGAUGGGCAUAUCUAUACUUUUUAUCAUACUAUUUAUUAUCUAAUAUAAUAGUUAUGAAUUUAUUUGUUUUAGCUUUAGUUGAUCAAUUUGAAAGUAUAUAUUUUUAUGAAUUAUAUUAAUAGGUUUUUUUAGUACUACUACAAAUGUAAUAUAAACUUUUGUUGAGAAUAUAGAUCAUUUUUGUAAUUGUUGGUGUCGUUAUACAUAUGAUACUAAAGGACUAAAAAUGCAUACUAGAUAUAUAGGUAGAUUUUUAUUAGAUUUAAAUUAACCACUUGGAGCAUAAAAGGGAGAUAAUAUAUGGGAUGCUGCAAAGGAUGCAUUUCAUUUUAGAAUUAGAGCGUAAUUUUUGAAUAUAUUUUAGAGAUAAAAGAAGUUAUGUAAAUUUUAAUGAAUUAUUAUAUGAAACAUUAAGAUAUGCAUUUUUAGAGAAAGUCUUUAAAGAUGGAACUCCUGCAGGGAAAGCUGAAAUGAAAUUGUUUGAUAUGGCUAUGAAAAGAAAAUUAAAUGAAAAAAUUAAAGAAAAUUAAAAAGGUAAUGAAAAAUAAGGUGAUAUUAAAUUAUUUGAUUCUAUUGAUGGAUCUUUUGAUUUUAAAUACUCUUAUCAGAAUUUUAAUAUUUUAUAAGAAUAUUUACAUUUGCUAAUAAUAUUUAAAACUUGGAAAUCAUAUACAAUUAAUAUAUUUGAAAAGUCAAAAAGAGGAUUAUAAAAUUAUACUGAAUAAUCAAGUGAUGAAAGAUAUGAGUAUAUGUAAUCAUACAGUGUUCAUACAAAGGAUGGAUUAUAAAUAAUGAAUGAAGAGAAACUUUAUGCUUCUUAAGCUAUUGAUGAAUAAAACAAAGAAGAAAUAAUGUAAAAUUUUAAAGAAUCAAAUAAAUAUAGAUUAACAAAUUAUAAUUCUUAGAAUAGUUCUACAUUACAUGGUGUUAUUUAUGAACCUGCAGGAACAAAUCCUACUUCAAUAAUAAGAAUGUAAUCAACAUCUUUAGAGGCAUAUAAUUAAAGUGUUUAAAAAUCUAUUUUAAAAAAGAAAUGUUAAACAUUAACAUUAAAUGAUGUCCUUAUGUAUUAGAACAAAUAAAAGUCAAAUGAGAAUAAAUUAACUUGA